CUUCUUCAGAUCUCCUCCGUCACAUAAAACUCAAAGCUUCUGAAUCAAAUAGAGGGAACCAAUUUGUUAUCGUAACGAUCGUUUUUAUUUUCUCGAGAAAAUUCGCAGAAGAAAUGGCGUUUAAUCUAACGCAUCAGCUCGGAGCUCUCGCCGGAACUCCGAUCAAGUCCGGCGAAAUGACCGCACCAUCGGCCGAAUCGUCGCUAUCCGUUUCACCACCGUCGGCGAGGAUGCCUAUAUCGAUGAACAUGAAUUACACCUCGAACAGAAACGUAUCUCCGCCGAUGAGUCCGGUCUUGGGAUCGAGGCGAGCGGAUCUGUCCGUGGCGUGUAAAGCCUUCGCGGUGGAGACCGUGGAGGAGCAGAGGACGUACAAGGAAGGAGGGAUCGGAGGAGAGAAGGAGAAGGGAGGAGUUCCUGUGUUCGUGAUGAUGCCGCUUGAUAGUGUGACGAUGGGGAACACUGUGAACCGGAGGAAGGCGAUGAGAGCGAGUCUCCAGGCGUUGAAGAGUGCUGGUGUUGAAGGGAUUAUGAUCGAUGUGUGGUGGGGUUUGGUGGAGAGGGAGGCUCCUGGGGCUUAUAACUGGGGAGGUUAUAAUGAGCUGCUUGAGAUGGCGAAGAAGGUUGGACUUAAGGUUCAGGCUGUUAUGUCGUUUCAUCAGUGUGGUGGUAACGUUGGUGACUCUGUCACUAUUCCUUUGCCUCAGUGGGUUGUUGAAGAGGUUGACAAGGAUCCAGACCUUGCAUAUACUGAUCAGUGGGGAAGAAGGAACCACGAAUAUAUAUCACUUGGCGCUGAUACACUCCCAGUUCUCAAAGGUAGAACACCCGUGCAAUGCUAUUCCGAUUUCAUGCGUGCUUUCAGAGACAACUUCAAGCAUCUUCUUGGAGACACCAUUGUGGAAAUCCAAGUGGGAAUGGGACCAGCAGGAGAGCUGCGUUACCCUUCAUACCCCGAGCAAGACGGGACAUGGAGGUUCCCAGGGAUUGGAGCCUUCCAGUGCUACGACAAGUACUCAUUAAGCAGCUUGAAAGCAGCAGCUGAAGCUUAUGGGAAGCCAGAGUGGGGUGGCACUGGCCCAACCGAUGCUGGUCACUACAAUAACUGGCCAGAAGACACUCAGUUCUUCAAAAAAGAAGACGGUGGUUGGAACACAGAAUAUGGAGAGUUCUUCCUCACAUGGUAUUCCCAGAUGUUGCUGGAUCAUGGCGAGCGUAUCCUUUCCUCAGCCAAAUCGAUAUUCCAAGACACGGGUGUCAAAAUAUCAGUCAAAGUCGCUGGAAUCCACUGGCAUUACGGGACACGCUCUCACGCCCCUGAGCUCACAGCAGGAUACUACAACACUAGGUUCAGAGACGGAUACCUUCCGAUCGCUCAAAUGCUAGCCAGACACAACGCCAUAUUCAACUUCACCUGUAUCGAGAUGAGAGACCACGAGCAGCCUCAAGAUGCGCUUUGUGCACCAGAGAAGCUAGUGAACCAGGUGGCUCUAGCUACUCUAGCUGCAGAAGUUCCUCUAGCUGGUGAAAACGCAUUGCCUAGGUAUGAUGACUACGCGCACGAGCAGAUCCUCAAGGCGUCUGCGCUGAGCUUUGAUCAGAACAGCGAGGGAGAAAACAGAGAGAUGUGUGCGUUUACUUACCUGAGGAUGAAUCCGGAGCUGUUUAAGGCGGACAAUUGGGGGAAGUUUGUAGGGUUUGUGAAGAAAAUGGGUGAAGGGAGAGACUCUGAUAGGUGUCGGGAAGAAGUGGAGCGUGAAGCUGAACACUUUGUGCAUGUUACUCAGCCGCUGGUUCAAGAAGCUGCAGUGGCUCUCACUCACUAGAAAGAGCGCGCGAUUAUGGUAUGGUUCCACCCCAUGGUUUAUGUUCGUAAGCGAUGUAAUGUAAGGAUUAUUAUGAUGAUGCCGAAAAGAUGUUUAGGCUAAGGUUGUGUAUGUAUCGGCGGUAUAAAAAAUGAUAUGGGCCAUAGCUGUGGUUUUUUUUGGUCAGGGUUGUGGCGUUUGUACUGUUUCUGAUACAUACUAAAAAAAAUAUGUAUAUGUUUUCUUCUUUUUGUUCUUAUAGUGAUAUAGCAUGAGGAAUA